ACGCGCUGAGAUCACUCUCAGGCUUGUUGUUUUGGAGGAAGUGAGCGGCUCGCGGAUCCCGAGCAGAGAAGAAAGAAAGAGAAAGGAGAAAAAAACCCGGGCGGUUUUAACGGUGUAAAACGGCGUUGAAGGACGGCGUUAGUGUCGCUGUUUAAGAGUAGCCAGACAGAGCUGGAGCAGAGCGCGGGCCGGCGGCUGUCAGCGCAGCAGAAACACGGACAGACAGAAGAAACAAUAGUGUGUCUGACGACUGGCUGUGGGCGAGGAGGAGCUGCUGCUGCUAGCCGUUAGCUUCCAGACCAGCUAACGAGACCCGAGCCGCUGUUCUGAGAGUCUGAGGAGCUGUGACACAAUGACAUCGAGGAAGAAAGUUCUACUGAAGGUCAUCAUCCUUGGAGACUCAGGAGUGGGGAAGACUUCGCUGAUGAACCAGUAUGUGAACAAAAAGUUUAGCAAUCAGUACAAAGCCACAAUAGGAGCCGAUUUCCUGACGAAAGAGGUGAUGGUGGACGACCGACUCGUCACAAUGCAGAUUUGGGACACAGCAGGUCAAGAGCGUUUCCAGUCUUUGGGCGUGGCAUUCUACCGUGGUGCAGAUUGUUGCGUGCUAGUCUUUGACGUCACAGCACCCAACACAUUUAAGACACUGGACAGCUGGAGGGACGAGUUCUUGAUCCAGGCCAGCCCGCGUGACCCUGAGAACUUCCCCUUCGUUGUGCUCGGCAACAAAAUCGACCUAGAGAAUCGGCAGGUAACCACCAAGAGGGCACAAGCCUGGUGCCAGAGCAAGAACAACAUCCCGUACUUUGAGACCAGCGCCAAGGAGGCCAUCAACGUAGAACAAGCUUUCCAGACUAUUGCACGCAAUGCACUGAAACAGGAAACUGAAGUGGAGUUGUACAACGAGUUUCCAGAACCCAUCAAGCUGGACAGAAACGAUAGAGCCAAGCCAUCAGCAGAGACCUGCAGCUGCUGAAGACCUCCAGGGGCGCUGCUGACCACCCUCUAUCCUCUUUAUCUCUCUCUCUCUCUCUCUCUCUCUCUCUCUUUUUCUCUUUCUCUGGCCUUGUUUCAUCUCUACCACCCUGAUUUUCUUCCCUACCCCUCUCAGUCCCUC